AUGCUCUUUUUCUCCUUCUUCAAAACCCUCACCCAGACGACCGUCACCGUCGAGCUCAAAAACGACAUCUCCAUCCGCGGCACUCUGAAGUCCGUCGACCAGUACCUCAACAUCAAGCUCGACGACAUCAUCGUCCUCGACGAAGUCAAGUACCCGCACCUUUCGUCCGUGAAGAACAUCUUCAUCCGCGGCAGCGUCGUGCGCUACGUGCAUCUACCCGUCGACAAAGUGGAUCGGGGGCUUUUGGAGGACGCUACAAGGCGGGAGGCGGCGAACGCGCAUGCACAGGCGCAGCGGAAAGGCUGA